AUGAAUUUGAAUCAUCCAACUACUUAAAUUAGGUACUAAAAUGUACGACUACUAUAAAUUACUCCAGCAUUUUUUGAAUAUUCAGCUAUUUAAAAAUCAAAUAAGAGAGAAGUAAUAUUAAAAAUACAAAAUUCUAUCAAUUCUAAUGUUUUGUAAGAAGAAACUGCAAAAUUGAUAUAAGUAUAGGAUAUAGAAGGCAUACCCGAAGUAGUAGAUUAUGGUAAUAAUAAUGAUUAAAGGUAUUUUUGUAUUUAAGCAUAGAUAUUUUUUGGCUACUUAAACUUUAGGUCCUUCCUUCAGUUAGAUUAUGUAAACAAAUGGUUAAAUGCCUUUAAAAAAUGUGUUAUUGAUUGGUCUUUAAUUAAUAACACUUAUAUAGAAAAUUCAUGAAAAGAAUUUUAUAUUGAGUAAUAUAGUGCCAUGCAAUUUCUGUAUGGGAUCAGAUAUAGAAGAUAAAAUAAUAUAUUUAAAAGACCUAACAACUUUAUAAAGCAAGAAUGACAAUAAAAAAGUUGUAAAGUUUCCAAUUAAAGAAUAUACUUUUCUAAGUCCAGUACUUAAUAUUGAUAAAGGACCUAGUUAGAUUGACGAUCUAUAUAGUUUGGCAUAUUUGUUAAUAUAUCUAAAUAAUGGUAAUCGAAAAUAAUUAUCAUUAAUAGCAAUAUUACCUUGGCAAUAAUUUAAUUAAAUAAUUAAUGAGAAAUAAUUUUAAGAAUUGUAAAAUCAUAAAUUAAAAAUUAUAUUUGAUUAGUAAUUUUUGGAUUAACAAACAUCAAUUUUUAGAGAAUGGUUUAAAUAUUUAAGCACUUUAAAAUCAAGCUAACAUCUAAAUUAUAAUUAUUUAAAAAAUAUUCUAAUUUCUAAAAUUUAUGAAAAUGGAUGGAAACUUAAUGAUUAAAUUGAAUAUAAGAAUGAAAUAAUGAGUUAAAGUUCUAAAUCUAUUGUGUCUAUAAAAAGCAGAAGCAGAGGUACCUCUAUAACGAAAACUCCUAAUUAACGAAUGAUUGAGACUUUAAGUCCUAUAUUGGAAGUUGACAAAGAAUUUGAGUUAGCCCAGUCAGCUUAAAAGCAAAGUGAGGAAUUUCCAAUCUUUUAGUAGUUUUAAAACUUAAAAAAUUUCAUGGAAGAUUAAUAAUAGACUGAAAAUAAUUUAAGUUCUUCUUCUAUUGAAUAAAAUGAAUGUCAGAUAUGGAAGAAAAUGGAGAUACUAGAUAAGAUGUCAAAACCAAUGUAGAUGAUGAAUAAAUUUGUAAAAAAAUGA